GCUGAAGAGGAAAAAGAAUUCUGUAGGAAGGAGAACACAAUCUAUUAAACUGGAUCUUCAAAUGCUAUUCCUAGGCAGCAUCUGAUACAACUAUUUGAAAGAUUUGUGUGCCUCAGUUCCAUUGACAGACACUGUUCUUGAACAGACUAGAAUCCUAUUUUCAUUAUAAUCACUACCGAAAACUGCUUAUUGAAAGGAAAUGGAUUGGCUUGAUCCUAUUUCGAUAUUGUUCCUGUCUGUCUUUACAACUGUAUUUCUUUUUAAAAUGGGCAGUUUAUGGAAUUCCAGCAAUAAAGGUUUUCCACCAGGACCUAGACCUCUACCAUUCAUUGGUAAUCUGCACAUCAUGGAUCUGAAGAGACCUCACACUACAAUGUUAAAGUUGUCAAAAGUGUAUGGCCCUGUCUUCAGCAUCCAAAUGGGGCUCCAGAAAAUAGUAGUGCUGACAGGAUACGAGACGGUCAAGGAGGCUUUGGUGACCCAAGCAGAUGGAUUUGCAGAGAGGCCCAUCAUCCCAAUGUUUGAAGAUAUUGGCAAGGGCUUUGGUGUUAUCUUUUCUCAUGGUGAGAACUGGAAAGUGAUGCGGCGUUUCACUUUAACCACAUUACGGGACUAUGGAAUGGGCAAGAGGACUAUAGAAGACAAAAUUGUUGAGGAGUGCAGUUUCCUGAUAAAGAAACUUGAAUCUUAUGAAGGAAAACCAGUUGAGACCACUAGAAUUAUGAAUGCUGCUACUGCCAAUAUUAUUGUGUCCAUAUUACUUGACAAGCGAUAUGAAUAUGAAGAUUCCACAUUUUUAAGAUUACUACAGAUGGCCAAUGAAAAUAUCCGGCUUGCGGGAACCCCCUCAGUCAUGCUAUAUAACCUGUUUCCUACUCUUGGCUACUUUUUACGAGCACACAAGACUGUCAUUAAUAACAAAGAUGAAUUUAAUGCCUUUAUAACUGCCACCUUCAUUGAACGUCUCAAAGAACUGGAUGAAAAUGACCAAAGAAGCUUAAUUGAUGCAUUUCUUACUCGACAGCAAGAGGAGGAGAAGAAGAACAAGACUAAUGGAUAUUUCCAUACUGAAAACCUAAAAUCUCUUGUUGCUAACCUAUUUGCUGCUGGCAUGGAUACCACUGCAAGCACACUGCUCUGGGGCCUAUUGUUAAUGAUGAAGUAUCCUGAAAUUCAAAGGAAAGUCCAAGAAGAAAUUAGAACAGUUGUUGGGUCAUCUCAACCACGGACUGAACACCGAACAAAGAUGCCCUAUACGGACGCAGUGAUCCAUGAGCUGCAGAGGUUUGCCAGUAUUGUCCCAGCAAACCUGCCACAUGCAACCACUGUGGAUGUUACCCUUAAAGGCUACUUCAUCCCAAAGGGAACUCAUGUCCUUCCAUUGCUGAUCUCUGUGCUGAAAGAUGAGACCCAGUGGGAGAAGCCAUACAAAUUCUACCCGGAGCAUUUUCUCGACUCUGAAGGGAAAUUUGUAAAGAGGGAUGCAUUCAUGCCUUUCUCUGCAGGUCGGAGAAUAUGUGCAGGUGAGACCCUUGCCAAAAUGGAGCUCUUCCUCUUCUUUACAAGUCUCCUGCAAAGAUUCACCUUCCAGCCGGCCCCAGGAAUAUCUAAAGAAGACCUGGACCUUACUCCUGCGAUUGGGAUUGUAACACCUCCAGUGUCCUUCAAGCUGUGUGCUCUGCCACAUUCAUAAGACUCUUGCUUUUCUUAACCCCCUUGUGUCCAUUGUCAGUCUUUCCCAUGCUGUCUUGCCUGUCAAGGACAGUUUGGUGAAAUAGUCUCUUGAGAAACUGGCCCAUGCUUUGUUAAAAACCUUUGUGCCCCACAUGCCAUGCCUCUAAUUCUCAUAAACCAGAUUUUGCCUCUGCCUAAAACAGAGGCAUACCUGAACUUAGAAAAUACGACCUUGUGCCACUUAUUGCACGAGGAAAGCCACCAAGUCUGUGUAUCCUGCUUUCUUGUAUUCAUACAUGCACUAAAGAUGUAUUUGAACCAAUAAAAGUACCGGGUUCAUCAGA